AUGUCGAGAAUGCCUGGCAGAGCAGACUGCUCUAGCUACACAGUGGGGACAGAGCGGGAGGAGCACAUGAGUUGCCCGGAGACUGAGAGGAGCGGAGAUGAGGAGGAUGAUGAGAUCCAGGAGGUGCAGAUCACCGGGGAGGAGGAGUACGGGGAGGAUGAGCUGGAGUGGGAGGCAGAGUGCGCAGACCCCGACAGCUGCUCCGCUAUGGAGACAGAAGCGGUCCUUAUGCGUAGUACGGACCAGUGCAGCGGAUUGGGACCGGGAGCGGGGGCGGACCAUAGACUGUUUCACAUCCCCGGACUGGACUCAGAUCCGGAUGGAGACCUGCAGCGGUCUGACCGCUCCAGACUGAGCGAGAACACCCGCCUGGCUACCAGGUAUGCGGUGCGGAUCUUCCGGGAGUACCUGAGCGAGAAAUCCCAAAGUCCUGACUUUGAAACUCUGGACAAGGAGGCGCUGUGCGCGGUCCUGCGGUCUUUCUACGCGGAGGCACGCUCUAAGAGCGGCCAGCUCUACAGCAAGUCUUCUCUCAUCAGUAUUCGGAGUUCUCUGAACCGCUAUCUGAAUGAGCCACCGUACUGUCGCACCCUGGACCUCACCAAGGACCCGGAGCUGCGCAGCGCCAACCUGACCCUGGCCGCAGUCAUCAGAAAGCUGGAGGAGCAGGGUGCUGGUCCCGUGGUGCAGAAACAGGCAAUCACGCGUGCGGAUCUGCGAAACCUCUACACCUCCAUUGUGUUUAACAUCGAUACGCCGUUCGGGCUGCUCAACAAAGUGUGGUUCGAGACAUGCAUGUAUUUCUGUACAAGAGGGCGAGAGAAUCAGCGCGAGCUGGAGGAGGAUUCAUUUGGCCUGGCCAUAGACGAGAAUGGGAGAAAGUUUAUCUAUUUCAAAGCACUGGGGCCUUAUCACAAGUCUCGCUCUGCGUGCUGGAAUAAAAAGAGACCAGACACGGAUGAAGAUACUUUGCCGCGCAUGUAUGAGACGGGAACUGAGUUUUGUCCAUAUGCCAGCUUUGUAAAGUAUGUCUCGAAACGGAACCCGUUGUGCAAAGCAUUCUUCCAACGACCACGAGACCACUGUUGCGCAAGCGACAUGACAUGGUAUGAGAACAAAGCCAUCGGUAAAAACCUGCUGGGCACGAGGAUGCAGAUGCUGUCGCGUGCUGCCAAGCUGUCAAAGACCUACACCAACCACUGCAUCGGCGCCGUCUCCAUAGCAACGCUCAACAGCAUUGCCGGUAUAGGGUCAAAGUUGGUGUCGCUUCAGAUUGCCUCGGAAACAGUCAAUGGUGGCGUGCAGUCUCAUCUCCAGCUCGUGAUCCCGUACAUCCGACAGGCCACAGACGCAGUGGAACUGAAGCCGCAGAGAACAACAUGGAAAGCUCGUGCUCUCUGCCCCGGCGACGUAUCGGGACCUCCCUCUCCUAAGAAGCUCUGUGUGCGUCCCGGAGAACGCGCAAAGUCCCCUGUGGUCAUAGAGGACGGUAUAGAGCCUGUGGACACCCGACCCCUGGAGCCCCACGGUCAGCCACCCGCUCCUUUACUGACUGACGUGGUAUCCGCGCAGGUAACAGAGUUUCAUACAGUGCACCGACAGAGAUUAUGCUUUUGAAUGUUUGUAUGUAAUGCAAUGCAGGAUAACCUUACUUAAAGCGUAAUUAAUUAAAUGUAAUUAGUGCUUAAUAGGUUAUGUCACCAUCUGGUCACACACCAUUUUCUGUGUUAAUCAAGUGUUUAAGUGUAUAGAGACUUACAUCAUUUUCAAUUUACUGUGAAAGUAUUGACCUGUACGAUGUGUGUUGGUUUGUAUUGUGUAGGAGUGAGUUCGGUAUUCUCAUUGGGUGUUCUAGGUGCUUUAGUAAAGAGGUCAUGAACAUUGUGUGUGCGACUCAAAUGGCACCAUAUUCCCUAUAUAGUGCACCUGCGUCUUGAUUCAGUUUAGGAAUCUAAUGUUGAGUUUGUUAAAGGAGAAUUGCAUUUGUUUUGAUUAAAUGUACACAUUUAUUGUGGUGUUGAAAUUGUAGUUUUUGAAAUUGUAACCUGUAGUUGUUGAUUUCUUUUUUAUUGGAAUGUCAGUGUUGAAUUUGUUGUCCUCAGAGCACUAUUGAAAAUGAGACCCUGGUCUCAAUGGGCUCCCCUGAUUAAAUAAAAGCUCAAUAAAAAUAGGGAUUAGGGUGCCAUUUGGGACGUGGCCUGUGAGUGCAGAGGAGAGCACACAAGUGAGUUUUCUUUGGGACUUUGUCUGUUGCUAUGGGUUACUGUGCCCCAGGCCCACAGUUAUUCACCAUGCACCACAGUGGAGCCCGCAGGGGUAUAGCCAGAGCGUGCAAGCUCACACACACACACACACACACACACACACAGCACACAUCUCUUAUACCCAUUCGCCUAAAGCUCACAUUUUCCUGAGACACAGGCACUAUAAUGAAACAUAGUAUGGCAGGCUGUCUCAAGUCUCUUUCCUCUAAUGACAGUGUGUGUUUGUGUGUGUGUGUGUGUGUGUGUGUGUGUGUGUGUGUGUGUGUGUGUGUGUGUGUGUGUGAGUGUGUGUGUGUCCAGUCUCUUACGAGUUUCAUGUUUUUGAGCCAUUCCUCUAAUGAGCCUGCCUGUUGUGUGGCCAUGGGGAGAUGGACAUGUCUGCUGCAUUACCAACAGCUCUGCUCAUCCGAUUUCUGCUUUAUCAGCUACAUCUCUCUCUCUCUUUAUCUCCCUCUAUCUCUGUAUAUCUACAGUAUCUUACCAUUUACUGUUUUCUCAGCUUAAAGAGGGAGACUCUGCCUGCAGCCAUGGCUGUCUUUCGCUCUCACUGCACUUACCACAGUAAAUGCUGACCAGUAGACUUUAUAGCAUGUCAGUUUUUCAGAAGUGCAGACUUUCGUGAAGCAUUUACAAGGGUUUUUAAACCUUCCUCUAUAAGGUAAUGUCCUCACCUGUCUCAAACCGUCACCUGUAUAGCAGAGGAGCGGAGGAGGCAGACUCCUAUCUGUCUCUGACCUCCUUUAACUACACUCAGAUGUCUCUUCACAACCCUAAGCUAGCCCUGAUAUACACACAGACUCUGAAAAAGGCAAAUACACUCUUUGUCAUGUAGUGCAGUGCAUCAUGAGUUCUAUGCUUAAAGCGUUGACACAGUAUGAAUGAAGUCUCAGUCUACCACUCUUUACCAGUGUCCUGUCUCUACUUAGUCGCUCAUGGAAGAACUCUGUAAUGUCUCAUGUGUUUAACGAUUUACAGUAUGUGUGACACAUUUUCGUUGGACAUUUGUGUACAUUGGACAAUAAAGUAUUCUUCUUCUUUUUCUUCUUAUUUUCUCCCAGGAUAGCCGUAAUAGCAGCAUGGCCAGUAGGCCGCUGGUCUCCCAGUCCCCUGCCUCUCCGCUGGGCUCUGGGGGUAUCGGGGGUAUCCCCACCCCAGCCCAGCUCACAAAGACCAACGCCCCUGUACACAUAGAUGUAGGAGGACACAUGUACACCAGCAGCCUGGCUACACUCACCAAGUACCCUGAGUCACGGUAAGACACACACACACAUGUUUGAGAUCAGCUACAUUGAAGUGGAUUGCACAGUCACUGAUCUACCAAUGACCUUGCAUUCCAAAUAACUACUCAUUAUGUGAUCAAGAUUGGUGAUUUUGCGCCUCACCUUGCUCGGACUGAUACAUGCACACUCUGAUGACAAUCACAAUGAUGAUAUCGCCUUCCACCAGGAUUGGUCGUCUGUUCAACGGGACAGAGCCCAUAGUGUUAGACAGUCUGAAGCAGCACUACUUCAUAGACCGAGACGGCCAUAUAUUCCGCUACAUCCUCAACUUCCUGCGGACGGCCAAACUGCUCCUCCCUGAAGACUUCAAAGUGAGUAUCUCUGACCCUGCACUCAGGCCUGGAAAACCUUGUCUAUAAUUCCUUGCUGAUAACAUAGUGUGAAACUUUGUUGGUAAUCUUUUUUAAAGAAUCUGAUGUAUCAUUGUGUAUUUGUGUGUGUAUGCGUAUGUGCGUAUGUGUUCCAGGAGUUCUCUCUACUCUAUGAGGAGGCCAGGUUCUUCCAGCUAUCCCCACUACAAGCAGAAUUAGAAAACUGGAGGAGUGAGCGCGAGGCCAGGAGUGUGUGGCGUGUGUGUGAGUGUGUGGUGGUACGUGUAGCUCCAGAGUUGGGAGAGAGGAUCACUCUGAGUGGGGACAGGGCUUUGAUCGAGGAGGUGUUUCCAGAGGUCGGGGACGUCAUGUGUAACUCCAUGAACGCAGGCUGGAAUCAUGACUCUACUCACGUAAUUCGCUUCCCACUCAACGGAUACUGUCACCUCAACUCUGUACAGGUAACAUGA